CGCGCCCAACAGCCAGUCGUUGCGCGUCCACGGUGCGCGUCCCACGAGUCCGUCAGAAGGUUGAUACUACAGAAGAUAGCGGACCGACCGGAGCGGUCCGUCAGACACCAGGAGGGUUCCCUUCACUCUUAAAGUAGAUAUCUAUACUCAUUAACGCGCAACGUUACGGUGGUGGUUGAUAUUAAGAGCGUCUUUAUCUUUUAAUUCCGCUGGGAAGCGGAACGGAGAGCCGCUUUCAGCCAUGAUGCUCGGUUUAGCGGGCUAGAGCUAGCGCUACCGUUCACUGUUCCGGGGAUCAGGACCGCGGGUCCGGGUCCUCUCGACUCGAGAAGUGGUUAAAGAUGACUAAAAGAAGCUGGAUCAGAGAGCUGUGGCUCGACCUCCAGGACCCGCACCACGUCGCACACUUCCAGGAGAUGUGCGGGGUGCACGGCUCGUUCUCCCGGAGCCCCGGGGCGGGAGGCGGCGGGGAGCUGGACUGGACUCGCACCCACAACAACGGCUCCAUCUCCGGGGGAAGCGAGACGAAGGGUUCGGUCGUAAGUGAAGGCGGGGAGGGGCAGAAGCUGACAUCACAGACUCGACGGAGGAUUGGUGCCUCGACAACAACAACAACAUCAACAUCAACAACAACAACAACAACAACAACAACAACAGAAGGCGAGACUGAAAACCCCUCCACCAACGGGACGGUCCUCACCAACGCCACGGGCGAGGGGGUCGCUACAGGCGGCGUGAAGCCCCACAGCCUCGCCGGGAACAGUCCCGGCAGCACCGUGAAGCCGCUCCGCAAGAACUCUCUGACCGGCGACGCGGGCCACGAGUUCCGGAUCGAGAACCGACUCCUGUACUACCUGUUCACGCUGGGAACCGAGCUGGGCAACGAGUCCUUCUACAUCACCUUCUUCCCCUUCCUCAUGUGGAACUUGGACGCGUUCGUUGGCCGGCGGGUGGUGAUGGUGUGGGUGUGGGUCAUGUACCUGGGCCAGUGCACCAAGGACCUGGUCGGGUGGCAGCGACCCGCAUCCCCGCCCGUGGUGAAGGUGGAGAUGUUCUACAACUCCGAGUACAGCAUGCCCUCCACCCACGCCAUGUCGGGCACGGCCCUGCCCUUCUCCCUGUUCUUCCUGACCUACGGCCGUUGGGAGUACCCGUUCCCGAUCGGUCUGGGCCUGGCCCUGAUCUGGACUGUACUGGUCUGUGUCAGCAGGAUCUACAUGGGAAUGCACUCCAUCCUGGACGUGGUGGUGGGCUUCCUGUACACCGUGCUCAUCCUGCUGGUCUUCCUGCCCGCACUGGACGCCGUGGACGGCUUCUACCUGACGUACCGCUACGCCCCGCUCGUCAUCGUCUUAGUGCACCUGGGCGCGGGCCUCUUCUCCUUCACCCUGGACUCCUGGAGCACCUCGCGGGGCGACACGGCCCAGAUCCUGGGCACCGGCGCCGGCAUGGCCCUGGCCUCCCACGUCAACCACCUGCUGGGCCUGCUCCCGGACCCCGGGCCCGAGCAGCUGCCGCUGCCCGUGACGCCGCUCGGCGCGGGCCUGCUGGCCCUCAUGGGGGUCCGCCUGGCGCUGGGGGUCCUGGUGCUGCUGGCCACGCGGGCCGUGAUGAAGAAGGUCACCAUCACGCUGGUGUGCCGCCUGACCGGGGUCUCGUCGGAGGACGUGCGGGCGGCCCGGCAGAACAUGGGGGUGGAGCUGCCCUACCGCUACAUCGUGUACGGCGCGGUGGGCUUCAACGUCAUCUUCCUGGUGCCGCUGCUCUUCAGCCACACGCGGCUCUCUUGAUUGGCUCGGCCGGCCUGGGGCGUGGCUAGCCGCGAUUACUGCUUACAGUUAACAUUUGGGCCGUUCGUUCUUCCUGGGGUCGGGGUCGGGGGGGGGGUGGGAGUUUAAACCCAGCUGUUCAAACCACCAGCGUCUCACGUUGGGCGCAAGACACCCUGCUCGCUCCCAAACGGCUCCUCACCCGUUUAAGAACUAGCAGAUAGAAAACCUUUCACCUUUUGCAGUACGGACCUUGCUGGACUCAGCACUGGAUCAUCACAUUUGGCAUGUACCUAUCAAAUGAACAAUCCGUUGAACCGGUCUGCAGUGUUAACGGGAUCCUAGGCUCCAGUAAAUGGCCGUGUUCCGUUCUGGCCGUUCACAGCCACAGUUAAAGACUGGCCUUCAAAGGACAAUGGCGUUCAUGGAUCUCUGGUCUAGCAUCAUUCAUAUUGUACAAUAGUCAGCACCUGCAAGUUAAUAGUUGAAGUGUGCUUAAAGUUCUCAGAAGUGUUCAGACAUACUUUUCUCAAGUACAUUUCAGGGCUGUGUGCCCAGUUUUUGUUUUUCCUUCAGACGCCAAGUUUGUUUUUUAUUCCGCUCAGAGUCUUGCCAGCGUCUCUGGUGGUUUCAGCCGUGAUUGGCUGAUGAAACCCCACAGAACUGAGGCAUGAUGGGAGAUAUCAGCGGGCUCUCUGUGCAUUUCUUGUUUCGUAUUUAAUCUGUUUUCAUUCACUCUUUUCGUUCAGUGAUGAUAUCUAGUUCCUGGGUGAUUUGAGUUUUUAGCGUAACCCAUCGGAGACUGUUUCCUGACCUUUGACCCGGGGUCCCCCUUGUGGCGCAUUGACCCCUGGGUAAAUACUGCACUGACCAUCUAACCCUGGUUCAUGAAGCACCACAGAGCGUCUGGUUUUCGGUUGAGGUUUGUCGUCUUGGAAGAAGAAAGGACGGGACUAAAGAAGGGCUUCCUGGUCUACUGGUUCUCCCUGUGGCCUGUAUGCUGUGAUGAUGAUGAUGAGGCACAGGUGGGGGACACUAGGCUCCCCUGUUACCGCGGCAGCACCGACUUCCUGUCUGCUACGAAGGAGACGACCCUGACUCCCCGCCCUGCACGCAUCCAUCCACUUCCUGUCGGACAGAGAGUUGACGAGGCCGGAAACAUGUACAGAAUAUAUGCUACUAACAAACUAGUGGGAUUCCGUCAAGAUCUCGUUAAUUAAUUGACUGGAGGAACUGUGAUGUCACAGUCGGACCUGUGAUGUCACGGUCGGACCUGCGAUGUCACGGUCUGACCUCUGAUGUCACGGUCGGACCUGUGGCAUCACCUGCGAUUUUCACUGUCUGACCUGCGAUGUCACCGACCGUCUGACAUGUGAUGUCACGGUCUGGUCUGUGAUGUCACGGUCGGACAUUGUUUUUUCUAAUUACUGCAUUCCUUUUGUUGAUAGUUGUUUUGUCUAAUUGAAGCCACAGUGGAAGUGUCUGGUGACUGAAACGCAGCCUGGCGUGGCUCCAUGUCAGGCUGACCUCAACGCACCUCAUUCAUAUUGGAGUGUGUCAGGAAUCUGACCCGAGUAACAGCUCUGAGCGGUUAUUAGGACGUGGGACCACCACUUACUCUGAGCUCCUCGUUGAUCUCUCUCUCUCUCUCUCUCUUUCGCUCUCUCUCUAUCUCUCUCUCACAAAAAGGUUUUGUACAAUUUUGUGGCACAAUAUGAAACAGCACAGUCAUCAAUUCAGACCAUUCUGAAUAUGCAACUGACAUUUUCAACUUGUUGGUGAAUGGAUUUCUCCGUUCAGUCAACCCGGAGCGCGUGCCUUUAAAGCUAGCUGAAGCUUGCUAACAUAACUAACUGUAGCUGUUGGCGGAAAGCUAAGGGCUUAGCCACCUUCUCCCGUGACACGCCCGUCUUCUUCCUCCCUCUUCCUCUCCCUUUCAUUUAAUCGUAAUAUAAUCCCAUGCGUUCCUGCCUGGUGCGUUGUAAUGUUGCUGUGUGAGGUACUGUCCUGAUAAUAAGGAUAAUGCACUGUUCCCAUGAUGCACUGCUUUCCUCUGAGCUCGCUCGAAGAGGGUCUGUAAAUGCAGAACUGAGAGUGUGGUUCCACGUGGUCGAAGGACUGGAGCCGGACCAUAGGAGGUCCGGAGGAGGAGGAGGAGGAGACGGUGACCACUAGUAGAACGAGGAGAACGUCUCACUUCUCCAUUUGUCCCUUUAGCUUCGGCACUUACUUCAUAGGGGGAAGCUGUCUCGGGAACACUUCCCCUGUUGAAUGAUGUAUUCAGUCGCAGAGUCGUGUGCUUUCCUGCUGUCGCACUAAUGCAGAAUAAGCGUUGUUGCUGUUGUUUUGUUGUUUAUUAUGGUAAACGGUUCCAGAGCUUCCCUGGUCCUACUAUGUGCGUGUGUCUGUGUGUGUGCGUGUGUGUGUGUGUGUGUGUGUGUGUGUGUGGUUGGUUAAGAACGCGGGGCCGUGUUUGGUUCAGACCGUUCAUAGGCGAACCCUUCACAAUCCACAUCCUGUGAACUCGCGUCUGUUGGUCCCGAAGUGUUUACUUCCCCGUGCGCUCUGAGUCGGCACGAGUUAGCUGAGUUAGUAAUAAGCACAGCGCUAACACUGAAGAGGAAGGGGCGAUCCUGUAGCUCUCAUCCGUUUGUUGGGUUUUCCCCGACAGAGGUCAAAGGGAGACGCGUGAUCGGACAGCGCCGUGGGGUCACUCCUCGCGAGUCUCGCCUUCAUCCAACAUGGGGAGGGUUGUUCUGAUCCGUGGGGGGGGAGGUACACAGCCGGGGAUGGCGAUGGGGAAGGAAGUGCGACCAAGAGGGCACUGAACCCAUCUUCCUGAAGGGCACCCUGAGGGGUUCUAUUGUGUGAAGAAGCGGCCCGAGGCGUUUUACAACCACUAGGCCAGACUGUCAUAACACCGGUGAGGGAUAACGUUGGCUCUCGUCUGUGGUUUUUCAUCUGUGGUCAAUUGUUUUGAACACAGUUCGUGUGGCAUGACUUAAAAUGUCGAUUUCUUCUUUUUAUAUCGAUUCGUUUUUUCGGUACACCUGCAGCCAACAGCCGACACACCUGCAGUCAAUCGUGGGAACUUACGAAGACUAGCGUUGUCGUCGUCGUUUCGGCUUCCCCGACCGAAUCUCAAAACGCCGCCGCAUGAAAACAGGGUUCAGCCGCACGGGCGCGGCAGCAUCCCGUUGUAGUGCCUUUUAUGGUCGCUCAGGAAGCGUUGCUAGGCUACCGUACCACCCAGACCACGGAGAGCCGCGGGCAACCUCACUAGACGGACAGUCCCCGACCGCGUUCCACCUGAGGGGCCGUAGUCGACAUGCAGGGUUUUUGUAAAACAUGUGGCGGACCGGACGGCUUCAGUCAGGGCGGCGGCGGCGGCGGCGGCCACGGCCACGCUGAGAGGCAGAUAGAUCCCUCACGCUUCUGUCCACUGGCUUUCAUCCUGAUGGAAAAACACUGCAUGCCCCCCCCAACCCAAAAACAAAAUAUAUACAGAACAUAUAUAUGUUCAAUAAUUCAUUCAUACGUUUGAUUACAAAUGUGUUUUAACGUAGUUAGAAAAAAAUUGGCAGAUAUAUUUGUAUUUUUCUUGAAGAAUAUAUUCUGUUGAAUGACUCGUUUUUUGUUUUUUGGACAAUGUUUUUGUCAGGACAUGAAGUGGUGACGUCCAAUAUCUUGUUUUUGUAAUAAACACCCUCAGAGAUGUUUAGAGGCAUGUGGUUCUGUUUUCACUUCCAGUUCCUAGAUUUCAUUGAUUUACCAAACGGCUUCAUGUGAUUCCACUGUAUUUUUAUAUCUUUAUAGAGAUUCUAUCUGAUUGACUGUUGGUUACAUCUUUAAUUGAACUGAAAAUAAAUUGAUGAAACAAUGAA